AUGGGCGUAAGUCUCUCACGGUCUACCGAAGACUUUGUGGAUACUCGCAGCGGAAAGCAGACGAUGACCAGGUCCAUUCCAUUUGCUGUCAGGCUGCCAAACUCGCUCCCGCCGUCGAUGAAGUGGGCCAGCUUCGGAGAAUCGCGAAGGGCGAAAAUAAGCUACGCCAUUGUCGCCACGCCUACCGCAGAGUCGGUCCUUGACUUUCUCCGGACGCCCAAGUUUGAGGCGCCACUCAUCGUCUGGCCCUCGCUCCAGGCCCGUGUUCAGCACAUCGAGCAGGCUAGGCCGAUCAAGGAGGUCGCCCAAAAGACCUUCUUCUUUCACCAUGACACCGACGAGAUGACGGUCGAGAUAGAUUCAAACGUCGUUCCGCGUGGUGGUGUCGUCUCAGGCAAGCUCCGCUUCGAGCGGUUUGGUGACGAGACAAAGACCCCGUCCGAGAUGGACGUCACCAAGUUUGUUGUCCACGUCGAGCACCGAUAUAGAGCGAGGGGCUCGACGCAGGCUACCUUUGUCCUCGGUGGCACCACCGUCAACGCCGACAGCAUCAACGAGACCCAUGAUCACAAAGUUGCGGACUCGGCCAAGGCCGCUGAUGCUGGCUACUGGUCGCCGCGUGCCACCGCAGGCAAGACUCGACGGCGACGCUCCGCUGCCGAGCUGCGGGCGCUCGAGGCCGAGCGGGAAGCUGCUGUAGCCGCCGCUGCUGCCUCACGCCGUGCCAUGAAGCAGAGGUCCGUCAUCGAGGUCCCGUUCUCGUUUGGCAUCGACAAGCCGGUUGGCAAGUACGCCGGAGUCGACGCCAGUACCGACCCGAUCACCAUCUGUUCCUCGAUCUCAGUCAAAGCCGUGUACUCGUCGAUCUCGCGGAUGUCUCUCUCCACCACCAUCCCCAUCCGGGUCAUCUCGCAGCUUUGUCACGAUGACUUUAACCGUUAAC